AUGACCUCUCCCGGUGCUCCCAACGGAGCCGACACUGCUCCUCAGGACGUCGCUCCGAAUGAGAUGCCCGCCGAGAUUCCUCGUCCCAGCGAGCAAGGAAAGGGUCUCGGACACAGCCUGGAGGUGACGAGCAGCUCCGGCCAGACCAUUGAGGUCCCCGCUACCCGAAGCUCGAUCAGUGACACGCACAUGCAGCGAUUGAGUCUGUCACCCUCCAUGAAGGACCGCCGCGGUUCUCGCAACUCCUUUGGUGUCUCGCUGCCGAUUCCUCGCGAGCCGCGCAAGUCAUCACGUCUCUCCGUCGUGGGCAAGCCCACCACUCAUGUGCGCAACAUCUUGGCCUCUGAGCUCCAGGACCAGGAGAAGGAGAAGGUCAAGAAGGUCAAGAACAUGUGCUUCUGUUUCGAUAUUGACGGUGUGCUGGCACACGGUAACAAUGCCAUUGCGGAGGCCCAGGCCUGUCUCAAGAUGUUGAACGGUGACAACGAGCUCGGCAUCCAAUUCCCCUACAUUCUUCUCACCAACGGUGGUGGUAAGACCGAGGAGGCUCGUUGCGCCCAGCUCUCCGAAGUUCUCGGUGUUCCCAUCUCCACCGACCAGUUCAUUCAAUCUCACACCCCCAUGCAGGCGCUGGCCGAGUACUACGAAAAUGUCCUGGUCUGCGGUGGUGAGGGAUUCAAGGUCCGCGAGGUCGCCGAACACUACGGAUUCAAGAAUGUCAUUCACCCCAAGGAUAUCUUGGCCUGGGACCCGACAAUUUCUCCCUGCCGCAAGUUCACCGAGGAGGAGCAGAAGCUCGCCAAGCCCCGCGACUUCUCCAAGUUCAAGUUCGACGCCAUCAUGUGCUUCGCCGAGUCCCACGACCAGUCCACUGAGUUCCAGAUCAUUCUCGAUCUGCUGCUCAGCGCCAACGGCAAGCUGCUCACCCGCGCGAAGAAUCCCGCCGCUCGCGAUGCCGUCGCUGGCCACAUCCCCAUCUACUUCUCCCAGGGUGACUUGCUCUGCCCCACCGAGCACAAGGGUCCCCCACGUCUCCACCUCGGUGCGUUCCGUGUUGCGCUUGAGGCCCAGUACAAGGCCCUCACCGGCCGUGAUCUCGAACGUAUCGUCUACGGUAAGCCCGAGCGUGCCACCUACAUUGUUGCCGACGAGAUCAUCAAGUCCUGGAUGGAGGAGAUCCACGGCGAGAAGCGUCUGCCUGAGAACGUCUACAUGAUCGGUGAUAACCCUCAGUCCGACAUCAUCGGUGGUAACCUCUACGGCUGGAACACCUGCCUGGUUCGCACUGGUGUCUUCCAGGGUCAGGGCAACGACGAAAACAACCCCGCCAACUUUGGCGUCUUCGAUCACGUCUACGACGCCGUCAAGGCUGCCAUCAAGAAGGAGAUUGGUGAUGACUUCAAGUUCAAGUGGGACCCCAAGAAGCACUCUCCUCACGGCUCUGCCGUCGAGUAA